AUGCCAUCGACAUCUGCAAAUAUAGGCGAAUUCAUUGACUAUUGUCAACGAGUCUAUGAAGGUAAUCCGGUCGAACUUAAAACUAGCAAAGACUUUGGACUUACUUAUUAUCAAAAUCGAGCUUUGUGGUGUAAUGAUUUCGAAGAGAAAACUUUAACGAAAUUACUUGAAUGGAUGCGAAAAGAGAUUGGAAAAGAAAAUGAUCUUCUUACAUUAGGAUAUCUACUUUUCAAAUCGGGAAAAUUGGAAGAGGCUGAACAAUUUUAUCGACGACUAUUACAUGAAAAUUCUGAAAUCGACAAACUAAAUAUAUCUUAUUGCUAUCAAGCACUUGGUGAUUUGGCAACAGAAAAAGGUGAUUAUGAUGAAGCCAUCGUUAGACGUAGUCAAACGCUUGAUCUUUGA